AUGUCAAUCCAAGAGGCAACAGCCUCACCAGACUUCAAACAAUGGCUCGUAAUAGCUCUCGAGCCAAUUUGCGACGCAGAGCCCGACGUCCUCGCCGACUACUUCAUAGCAUGGCUCGUCACCGACUCGGACCCGGUACGCGCGUCAUGGACCGACGACCAGUGGGAGGAAUACGCGGCCAACGACCUGCAGGACUUUCUUGCGGACCAGGCCCUGCCGUUCGUCAAGGCCGCCUUCCAGACCAUCCGCUCCAAGAGCUACCUCCCGGCCGCGCCUCUACUCGCACCGGCACCUGGGCAGCCACCACAGGCCCCGCACUCCCUUCCUGCUAACCCCAUGGUCUCCCAGAGCCCGGGUGACGUCGAUAUGGGCGAGGGAGAGCGAAGACCGAGGCAGCGCUGCAGGGAUUACCAUGAACGCGGCUUUUGCAUGCGCGGCGCCGACUGCCAGUUCGAGCACAGCGACGACAUGAUUAUCCCUACCGCCGAGAUGAUGUUUGCGCAAAUGGGCAACUUUAUGGGCCCACAGGGCCGCGGCGGCUUCCGCGGGCGAGGAAGAGGACGCGGGCGCGGUGGGCCACCGAUGCCCUUCGACCCGCACAUGGGUGGCAUGAUGCCACCGAUGUUCUUCCCCGGUCCCGGAGGGCCAGGAGGACCAGGAGGACCAGGCGGUCCAGGUGGGCCAGGCGGUCCAGGUGGGCGUGGCGGGAGGCCAGCCCCGCCGCCCGAGUUUGCUCUCGGCGCAUCGCGUCCCCCGCGCGACCGCAACGGGAACACGCUCCUCAUCACCGAGAUCCCGCGUGAGAACUGCAACAUGGCCUCGAUCACCGAGUACUUCUCUCAGUUCGGCGACGUUACCAACGUUGCGGUUGAGGGACACUCCCGCCGGGCGCUCGUGAGCUUCACUAGCAACGGCGAGGCGUACCAGGCGUGGAAGAGCGAUGCUGCCGUCUUCGACAACCGCCACGUCAAGGUGUUGUGGCACAAGCCCCUGCCCGGUCACGGCGGGGCGGGACAGAAGGCGCUCGAGGCCAGCAAGACGCUGCUCGAGAACAUGAAGCGUCUCGAGGCCGGCGAGGACCUCCAAGGCAACCACCAGGUCAAGCUCGAGGGCCCGGAGAGCCGGCUGCGCAAGACGCUCGCCGAGCUCGAGACGCGCGAGCGCAACCAGAAGCGCGAGACACUCAUCGCCGAGCAGAAGGUGUUGUUUGCGCGCGCAGGCACCGCGAGCCAGGAGGACAAGAUGGAGAUUCUGAAGCGCGUCAAGGAGAUCAAGCUCGAACUGGCCGUGAUUGAAAACCCGCCGAAGGAGGAAAUGAGCGCGAAGGACAAGCUCGACGCCCAGCUUGCUAAGCACGGCAUGGAGACGUCAGGUGGGGACGAGGAGGAGCUCCUCCGCUUGAAUGCGCAGCUCACAGCGUUACGGGACAAGGCAUCCACCAUGGGCAUUCCCCAGCGCUACUCGCCAUACAACCGAGGCGCGCCACGCGGACGCGGGCGUGGUCGUGGCAGGGGUCGCGGCGGGUACGGCGGCUUUGGCGCGAUGCGCCUCGACAACCGCUCCAAGGCCGUGCAUGUUUCUGGCGACGGGCUGCAGGGCUCCGCCGACGCCGUGCUCGAGUGGUACCGAUCGACAGGCGGCAACGUCGAGCAAGUGUCUGACGGCGUUUUGGUGACGUACCCCAGCCGCGAGGCUGCGGAGAAGGCGCUCGCACGCGGCACGGGCGAGAUCGCUGGCUUGAGCGGAGAGAUUAGCGCCAAGUGGCACGGUAGUGGCGGCGACGAGAUCCAGGUGCACGCUGGUGAAGUUGAGAUGGGCGAUGAAGAGCGCGAGCGCGGCGAGCGCGAGUAG